ACACUCCACACCACUCCACUCCAAACCAGCUCCUCCUCAGGACAACACCGGGAUCGGGGCGGGAUUUAAGACAUCUCAGAGCUACCUGAUUGGCUUUUGUUAUUCAUGUAGGGUCUCUGAUUGGCUCAGAAGGCGUGUCAAUCAAACGGAGAACAAACAAUCCGCCCGCCCGGGCUGCCAUCUUGAAUAUACAGUAAUGCCUACAGUGUGAGGCACUUCACUGACGGCAAGCAGGAGAGAGAGCGAGCGCACACACACACACACACACGCACUGAUUUAUCAGAACUCGUACCUUUUUUUAUUACAAAAAAAUGAGGAAUAUAUCUCUCUCUCAUUAUAUAUAUAUUUUUUUCGGGAUAGUCGGACGCGCUAGCCGUCCCUGAAGGAUCCGAUUCGGGCGAACGGACACACGGGGCUUGAGCCGUCGAGAUUUCUCUUCUCGCCGACAUUUCAGCAGCUAAAGGAGCUUCAAGACGAGACGGGACUGGACGAGAAACAGAUUGAUAUACGUAUACAUUUGUGUUUAAACGCGAGUUAGCAUUCGUGCUAUCUGUAUCGUUAUUCUGAGGGGAGACGGGCGCGCGCUCGCUCACUCGCUCGCGCGGACUAUGCGAAUCUGACGCGUUAGCCGUUUUUCCCAGCACACCCCCCCCAUUUUUUUUUUAUAUUCUUAAUUUUUUCCCUCACGUGCUAAAUAUAUUCGAUCGUCGACGUUUUAAUCGAUUAUUCGGUUUAUUUCGAUCUACCUCUGUCCUUUUUGAACGGCGCGUGAACGCGGUUAACUGAUUAAAACAAAAAAAUCCGUUUGGAAAAUCAGUAUUUUUUUUCCUCUGUGGAUCUUCUGUUUAUACGCACAUCAUUUUUCUUUUAGUGGUCAUCAAGUAAAUCAUGAACGCGUGUCGUUUAUACGACGUAGUAAUCCGUCGUUAUGGAAAAACUGGCCCAGAGAUUCGAUUGAGCUGUGACAGUUUUCUCUCCAGUGGAUCCCCCUUAUUUUUAUCUAUUUUUAUUGGAUCAGUGAUUGGGAGUUGAUCACAUGGACCAUUCGAUCGACAAUAAGAUCGCUGAGAAGUAAUCUACUUUUUCUGCUCUGUGAUUUUCGUCUCCCUGCUAAGCUGUUGCUCUUUUUUUUUUUUUUUGGAGGGGGAGAGAUCAAGUGAUCACUCAGGAUCGAUCGAUCGAUCCUUAUUUGGAACGUUGGGAGUUCUUUUUUUUUAUUCCCUCUUUUCAUCCCCCUCUUUUUACUCCAAUCAGCAUGGAUUUGUUUUAAAGUGAAUGGUUUUGUGAAAAAGACUGAGACCAGCCUGCGAUACUGGAGGCCUGUUGGAAUCUAGAGGAAGGGAUCUACUUGGUUUUUGAAAGGACCAGAACAUUUCUGCGGAGAAAUUUUAAUAAACAAUGGGUUCCGCAACAAACCUGGCGUUCGGCGUGUUCCUCAUCUCAUGCUCCUCAGGCGCCAUCCUGGGACGCUCCGAGACACGCGAGUGCGUGCAGUACAACUACAGCCCGAGCACGGAGCAGCAGGGCAACCGCUCCGGCAUCGAGGCCUGCGUCGGAGACAAGGACAAGCGGCUGCACUGCUUCGCCACGUGGCGCAACGUGUCGGGGAACGUGGCGGUGGUGAAGCAGGGAUGCUGGCUCGACGACGUCAACUGCUACGACAGCACGGAGUGUGUGGAGAAGAAAGAGGACCCCGAUGUGUUUUUUUGCUGCUGCGAAGGCAACAUGUGCAACGAGAAGUUUUUCUACAACCCGGACGCUCCGUCUUUACAGAGUAAGACUCCGAUCACCGACCGAAGCAGCGGCGUGUUUAAGGCUACGUCGAACCCGUUCACCCAGAAGCCACCGCUGUUCAGCACCCUCCUGUACUCGCUGGUGCCGAUCAUGGGCAUCGCUGCCAUCGCGCUCCUCUCCUUUUGGAUGUAUCGCCAUCACAAGCUGGCGUAUCCGCCCGUCCUGGUGCCCACGCAGGACCCUGGCCCCAUGCCACCGUCGCCCAUCCUCGGCCAGAAGCCGCUGCAGUUGUUGGAGAUCAAAGCCCGCGGUCGGUUCGGCUGCGUGUGGAAGGCUCGGCUGCUCAGCGACUACGUGGCCGUCAAGAUCUUCCCUAUUCAGGAUAAACAGUCUUGGCAAAACGAGUACGAGAUCUUCAACCUUCCCUGCAUGAGGCACGAGAACAUCCUCCACUUCAUCGGUGCAGAGAAAAGAGGAGCCAACCUGGAUACAGAGCUGUGGCUCAUUACAGCCUACCACGAAAAGGGGUCGCUGACUGACUAUCUGAAGGCCAACGUGGUGACGUGGAACGAGCUUUGCCACAUCGCGCAGACCAUGGCGCGAGGUCUAGCGUACCUCCAUGCAGACGUCCCUGGCCUCAGAGACAGGCACAAGCCAGCCGUAGCUCACAGGGAUAUAAAGAGUAAGAACGUGCUGUUGAAGGCUAAUCUGACUGCCUGCAUCGCUGAUUUCGGCCUGGCCUUGAGGUUUGAGGCCGGCAAGUCUGCUGGGGACACACACGGACAAGUGGGAACGAGGCGCUACAUGGCUCCCGAGGUGCUGGAGGGGGCCAUCAAUUUCCAGCGAGACGCCUUUCUCAGGAUAGACAUGUACGCCGUGGGCCUGGUGCUCUGGGAACUGGCGUCCCGCUGCACAGCCGCAGACGGUCCCGUGGACGAGUACAUGCUGCCUUUCGAGGAGGAGGUUGGUCAACACCCCACUCUGGAGGACAUGCAGGAGGUCGUGGUGCAUAAAAAGCUGAGGCCCAUGCUACGCGAGUGCUGGCACAAACACCCGGGCCUGAGCAUGUUAUGCGAGACCAUCGAGGAGUGCUGGGACCACGAGGCCGAGGCUCGCCUCUCGGCCGGCUGCGUAGAGGAACGUGUCCUACAGGUGCAGCGCCUCGCCAGCAUUUCAGCCCCCGACGACCUCGUCACCGUCGUCACCAUGGUGACAAACGUGGACUUUCCUCCCAAAGAAUCCAGCCUAUGACUAGAGGAGAACGGCGCGUGACGUCACACGGGUGCGAAAGGAAGAAGAAGGAAAAAAAAACCACGCAUCACUCAGAGCCACGCGCUCGGAAAAAAAAUCCCUGGUGAUCGUACUGUAUAUUAGAUCGGACCACGAUCACCGACGCUGGAUUUCUACCAUUUUUACGCGUACGUUUUCAGCAGCACUACGCCGCGAGCGUGAGUGUUUAAAAAAAAUUAAACUCGCGUCACCGUCACGUGGCCUGGCGGAGAGGCCGAACGGGUUGCAGCGCACAUCAGGCGACACACGGUUCGCUUUAACUUUUAGCAACAUGUGAAGACCGGUAUUCCGAUCCUUUGAGAUGGAAAAAAAAGGGAAAAAAACGGUGUCAGUACAGAUGACUACACCUCUUUGACUUAUACGCCAAUACGAAACAGCUUCUGAAUGUCUAGCGUGUCACUGCUGUAUAUUCAAGCGAGAGGGUGAGGGGGAAAAAAAAAGAAAGAAAAAACGAUUUCUCUGGAUUUUUCCCUCCCAGCGUUUUCAGUCAAAUAACCACAAACCUCUCUCUCUCUCUCUCUCUCUCUCUCUCUCUCGACAAGGUAUACCUCAGUUCCUCAUCCUGAUAACACGUUUGUUUUGUAACACUAUUGGGGAAAAAAAAACACAAAGCUUUUCCGCUGACCUGCAAAACGGCCACAAAAGCUUUUUAAUACUUAUAUAUAUAUAUAUAUAUAUAAACAUGACAAUAUGCCAAGAAAAUAUGGCCAUUCAUUAACCAGUGUUUCCUGCCUUCUUUCUUUAUACAUUUUUUUUUUUUUUUUUUUUUUUUUUUUUGCCCUACUGUUUAAGAUGUGACUGUUUUUCUGAACAUUGUGACAAAUUGAUUGUAAGAAAAAAAAAAAAAGAAAAAAAAAAGUUUUCAGGACUUAUCAAAACAAACAAACAAAAAAAAAAAAGAGAGAAGAAAAUCCCUGAAUCAUAUGAAUUCUGUGAAAAUAUAGAAAGCACUUAUAGGUGUUGCAGCGUCCUCACGGCAUCUGACGUGCGCACAUGCCUUUUUUUUUUUUUUUUUUUUUUCCCCGUACGUGGGAUCUCGAGCGGUCGUCAGUCUUUUUAUUAAAUUUUUUUCAGUCUUUUUAUUAUUAUUAUUUUCAAUUCUUUGAUUUACUUAUAAUUGGUCUUCGGAGCUGUCAGGGUGUCGUUUAAAUUUUUUUUUUUUGCUUUUAAGAUAACACUGGUCCUGUUUUCCUUCUUCACACACACACACACACACACACACACACACACACACACACACACACACACACACACCUCAAUCACAAACUUGAUGUAAGUAAAUAUAUAUUAUAUAAACAAGCCUCAGAGGCUACACGUCACAACGUUUGAAUAUUUCAUAUCUCAGGAAGCCUGUAUUAAAUUAUUUUCUUUUUUCUUUCUGUUGGUGCCAUUCCAGUGAUCCAGGUCGUAUUGUGUACUUCUUCUUGACAUCCUUUUAUUCAUCUACAAACUGGAUUUUAAAAGUGACUCUUUUUUUUUUCACACUGAUACCCUUUGAAGUACCGAUCUAUACGAUGCCAUAAGAAAAAAAAAAAAAACAAUCGAGUCUAAGACUCGGACAGGAGUAUUGUGCGACCACCGAAAGGAUUCACGUCGCCGUCACGUUUUAAAAAUUAUUCUUUUUACGAACCCAUCACACACAUUCAGGUCUGCGUGAACCGUAUGCAAGCGCUCUCUCUUUCUCUCUUUCUCGUUCUCUCUUUUCCAGGUUUUUUUUUCUUUUUCUCCACAUUCGUGUGCUGCUCAUUUUUCUGACCAGGUGCCAACGUCGUGUAUAUCAGAAAAACACUUUGCUCAGAGAUCCUCGGCUUGUCCUAGCGCUCCAUCUACCUUCGCAGCUCUGGAACGUUUAUGAGAUUGAACGAUUUAUCUCGCCGCUCGCUUUUUAACGGCCGCGUUAGGCAUUUUUCCGGGGGUAAGUAUUCGUCAGAACACGUCAGGAGAGCUCCUUUUUUUUGUUUUGUUUUCGCCCGGACUCUACACGCUAACCAGGAGCUUCUGUUCAUGUAGUCAGGGGUCUUCGGUGCCACGCAGGGGUGUGUCUGAAAACGGAAAUCAGGAAGGCGUCUGGGUUUUAAUCCCAAUCCAGUCUGAUAGCGAGAGCAAUGCGAUGGUUUGUGUACAUUUUGUUCUCAUUUGAAGCUAUAGACAGUUUAGUCGAUUUGAGAUCUAUCUAGAUGAAUGUGAUCUUUCCAUAGAAAUGUAAAUAUUGUGUGUCAGAAAUGAGUUGUGAAAACGUGAUUCAACGACGGCCCCUUUUUCCUAGCUGUAUGACCAAAAGUUUGUGGACACCCGACUUUAUGUUCCACGUUCAGUCUCCAUUUUCUGUCAUAAUAACCUCCGUUCUUCUGGGAAGAUGUUACAGUAGAUUUUGGAGUGUGCUUGUAGAGAUUGGUGCUCAUUCAGCCAUGUAUGUAGGGUGAGGAGGUCUGUGGUGCAGUCAAUAUUCCAGAUUAAUCACAAAACAGAUCUAAACUCCAUCCCAUGUAAAGCAGAUCUUCAUGGAGCUGGCUUUGUGCACAUGGGGCAUUUUCGUGCUGGAACAGGUUUGGGUCUCCUGUAUAAUCGUGUGCCUCCGAGGUUGUGGGAACAUUUUGAGGAAACACCAAUUAAUCCUGGAAAGGGCAGGUGUCCCAAUACUUUUGGACUAUUGGUUGUAUAUGCCAUGAGGAAUUAUUAUUUUUUUUUUUUUUUAACCAUAAAUACAUUGACCAGCAGGUGGCAAUAAUUACUUUCGAUCUCACUAAUCACAUUUCUCUACAAAGUACACGGUACGUCCAAAAGUAUGUGGACACCUGACCAAAACAAAAUGAGUUUCAGCAUGGUGUUGCUCCUGUGCACAAACAGAGCUCCAUAAAGACAUGGUUGAUGGUGUUGAGGUUGGAGAAAGAGUUUGAGUGUCCUGCAUAGAGCUCUUAUCUCCACAAACCUCUGCAAUCCUACUGAACACCUCUGGGAUGACCUGGAACAUCUGACUGAACCCAGAACCUGAUUUCACCAACACAAAUCCACACUGCCACGCCCCGAAAUCGAGAGGAAAGCCUUCUCAGAAGAGUGGAGCAAACAGAGGACUAAAUCUGAACAAUGAACGUGUAGAUCUGAAGGUCAGGUGUCCACACAAUUUCCUGUUUCAGACACACUCAGGCUCUUCAGUGUUAUUGUGAUGAUUGAAGGCCUGUUAUAUAUCCUGUUUGGAAAGACUGCAAAAAACAUUGAGACGGCUCUGCAUUUUCUCUACUUCUACAUGGGGGUUUUUCUUUUUCUCAACUUCAGAGCAUUAAAUUAGACACUUUAAGAGCCGUCACUUACCCCUGCAACCACGUCCUCGUCCUCCCCCUGACCGUCCCGUCCGUCCCCUUCGUCUCGGCAGGUGACCGGGUCUAAACCAUGCCGAAUCCUAUGUAAAUAUGAAUAAAGUUUUUGAUUGUGGAAAAAAAAAUAGCAUGAGGUUUUCUUUUUUUUUUCUUAACAAAAGCAAAAAACACUUAAUAUUAUUAUGGCAAAAUAAUAAUUUGUUGUUGUGCAUAUAUUUUUUUGUAUAUCUGUAUUUUAGGUUUUUAUUAAUUUAUGUUGCAGCCCAAUUUUUUUUAUUCCAAAAGAAAAAAAAAAGUGGUUCUUGCUCUAUUUAUACAACUGGUCUAGUGAAACACUAAAAAAAAAAAAAGAUGGAUCUUGUCUCUUUACCUCAGACUUCCCGUUUCUCGACUUGACGUUCUCACAACACAAAUAAAACAGUGUAGCACGGCAGACAACAUGGUGCAAGCGUUGUGAAACAUGGAACACUGAAUGGGAAUCGACCAGCAGAUUCUCUCCUCUACUUUUCCUCUUCCUCCUGACUAAACUAAGAUGCACUUUGUGGGGUUUUGUAGUAAUUUUUUUCUUUCUCCCUCGCUCACCACAAUGCAACCGAUCGUCAUCGUCGUAGCGAUCGCAGAUCACCGGUCCACCUCGGGUGCAACUCGACUGUAUUACCUGAAUCACCUGGACACGCCAUUCAAGUAUUCACUGCUCAUAUUCAGGGCCUGGUUGGAAGUUGUUGUUACAUAUUGUACAGAUGAAAAUUUUAUGCUACUCCAUUCGAAUAAAGUAUAGUGACUGCUCUGAA